GCGCCGAGCGCCUGAGCGCGCGCGGGGAGGGUGCGGGGAAGGCGCGGUUCGCAGGGCCUGCGCGCCGGGCGCUGGCAGCCGCUGGGAGCGGGGGACGCCUGAAGGUGCCCUCCGCACGCGGCCCCGAUGACCGAACUCCAGCAAGAUGUGGAAGACACAAAGCCGGCCAAAGUGCUCGCGAAGAGAGAGAGCAAAGUUGGCGCAGCCCACUCAGAGGCUGAGAAUGGUGUGGAGGAGAAAAAGAAGAUCUGCAAGUCGCCAGCAAUCCAGUCCCCAAGCCCGUCCAGCGAGGCCGAGUCCCCAGACCAGAAGAGAAUCCUUUCCUUGCGGUCAAAAUCCAGUUUUGAUGGUGCCUCUUUAGCAAGCGAUAAGAAUGACUGUAAAACAGAAAGCAAAAAUGAAUCUAAGAUGGACAGGAAAAAGUAUUCGUCUUCCAGCCAGUACAAGGCGAAUAUGCACUUCCACAAGUUGUUCCUUGAUGUCCCAACUGAGGAACCACUGAGGCAAAGUUUUACCUGUGCUCUACAGAAAGAGAUAUUAUACCAGGGGAAGCUCUUUGUAUCAGAAAACUGGAUUUGUUUCCAUUCCAAGGUCUUUGGAAAAGACACUAAGAUCUCUAUUCCGGCGUUCUCUGUCACCCUAAUAAAGAAAACCAAAACUGCCCUCCUGGUGCCAAAUGCCCUGAUUAUAGCGACAGUCACAGACCGGUACAUAUUUGUCUCCCUACUCUCCAGAGAUUCUACUUACAAGCUACUAAAAUCUGUGUGUGGACACUUAGAAAACACGAGCGUCGGGAACAGUCCCAACCCAUCUUCUCUUGAAAACAGUUUCCGGGCAGACCGUCCUUCAUCUCUGCCUCUGGAUUUCAACGAUGAAUUCUCAGAUCUGGAUGGAGUGGUUCGACAAAGAAGGCAAGACAUGGAAGGAUACAGCAGCUCUGGGUCUCAGACUCCUGAAUCUGAGAACUCGCGAGAUUUCCAUGUGACAGAAUCCCAGACAGUUCUGAAUGUCUCCAAGGGAGAAACAAAACCAACUCGGGCAGAUGCCCAUGUGAAUAGAGUGCCUGAAGGAAAAGCCAAGAAUCUCCCUGUACAUGGUCAGUCAGAAACCACUGGAGUCUUACACAAGGUCAGGUCUCAGACAUGUACGACUCUCCACCAUAUUCUUAUAUUUUACGCAAUCAUUGUCUGUGCACUAAUCAUCUCGACGUUCUACAUGAGGUACAGAAUUAAUACUCUGGAGGAGAGGCUGGGGUCGCUAACUUCCAUUGUGGACACUCAUCAUCACGAACAGACAGCACCAUCCGGCCUGGGGUCACAAGUACAGUUCAAUGUGGAGGUCCUCUGCCAAGAGCUGACGGCUAACAUAAUGAAAUUAGAAAAGAUACAAAACAACCUACAGAAGCUGCUUGAGAAUGGUGACUGACAGACUGGAUCGUUCAGGCCAACAUGAUACCUCGCGCUUCCCCUUGAAGAAGGUGUUCCCCUCGGCGUUCUGGCGGAGCGCUCCCUGCUGGCCAGAGGAGCGGACAGACGGGCAUCCCCAGCCAUGUUUGCACUUGAAGGUCUCCAGCUCAGGAAGGGGUGGGGGCGGGAUAAUUCUGGUUCCUGUGCAAUAAACAUUGACCCGCUGUCUCUGAGGAAGUUCUCAGUGCUGCUGCCUGAACAACACAGACCCAUCUCUGGAGGUCUCAGGACAGGCCUGGUGGACACUCAUUCGGAUGAUUGUGGUUCCACAGUUCUCGUGACUGUGUCAGCAAACACACUCCACUCCGUGCCUUCUUAGUCCUUUCUGUGCUCCUUUUCUCUCCUUUACACCCCUCUGAACCAGCCUUCGAACUAAGGGAUAGAUCAUGUGCCAAAAACCUGAUACGGUCCUUUCAAGAAUUAGCCCUGACUCUUCCAAAACAGACUUGCCUCAAACAAACACCAGCAUUUUUUCUUUUCCGCUCUUCUGCUGUUCUGUUCUGCUUGAAAUCACCCUGUGUAUCUU